AGAAAGGCUAUUAUGGCGGGCAUUUUGUAGAGGACACUGGAAAACCUCUCAGAGACCCGUUUUUGCCAUCUUCCUUUGGAUCAGAGAUUACUACAUUCACUAACUUAACAACUGUUUGCCCAUUUCCUUAAUCAAUCAAAUGAUUAAAAUACUUGUGUACUUGCUGUUAUUCUUUUAUCCCCCCUAUUCUUGUUUAAAAUACUGCCUGUUAUAACUGUUCGGUAGACUGCUCUAUCUGCCACAAAGAUAAUGGAUGUUAGCUGUUUUAACAUAUGCACUUUCAUCAGUCGCUACACAAAAAGCGUAGCGGCAUAUACGGAUAUGGUGAGACAUUCGGGUUGGUUGGAUCUAUACAUUUAAUUAGGCAAUUACAGUUAUUUGGAAACUUAUUGAGUCAAGAGUUAAUUCUCAUUUUAUCUAAGGAUUUGAUCAAACUGUAAUUCCAGCCAACUGAUCUAGUCGUUCACUCUACUAUAACACAACGUGCCUACAGGUGCAAUGUGAACAAUAACAUACUUGCAUAGACGCAAACCGUUAUACAUUCUCAUUUUUACACUUGAUUUAAACCUAUGGCUGUCCUUGGUAUUUUAUCGUAUAUCAAACAUUCAAGGAUUACAAAAUUGUACUAUUAAAACCUAAGUGAUUUUUAUCAAUGUUGGGUUUAUGCACUGAGUGAAGUUUUAAUUUUAGACGAUAUAUUGUAAUAAGAUAAGGUACUUCAAGGAUUCUUUGGGAAGGGAAAAACUACAGCUUCAAAGGUAUUGCUAAUUAAACUUCAGUGGACUUAGGGAGCCUUAACUUAUUCAAUUUUAUAUUUUGUAGUUCUGUUCGGUGUAUAUACUUGAUAGUAGGUCAAAAAUAUCUCACCUCGAUUUCGUAUUGCUAAUUUAAUACAGUGUGGCUUGUGUACGCACAUGAAUGAGAAUAAGUGAGUUGUGUUAUUAAACCGAACACCCUCUAGAUCUAAGUUUUAGAAGUUUGAAGACUAAGGGUUAUAGUUCCCUUCAAGUUCUGUGUUGAAAUGUUUUAAGAUUCAGCGUUACGGUAUCAUCAGUAAUAUUUUUUUCGUAUGACUUUGUUGCGCCGAACGUUCUGAUUUGCUGAGUUUGUAUGUUGUCUAUGAUUCGCUGACUGAUAACGUUGAUCCAAAUCUUCAUUUUCAUGACCUAUGUACGUCAUUACAAUUGUUACUGUCUUUUAAUGGUGUUGUAAGUAGCUUGCGAACAUUAUCAAAUGAGAAACGUGGUUUCAUGACUUUUGCCUGUAACCCUAUCAAAAGGACUUUUCUUAGUUCCUAUUCGCUAACUACGACUCUCCUGCUACUCUUUCCAAGAUGUUUAUGAAAAAUCAAAUCUCUAUUUGACCUCAUAAUAAAUCAUAGAUAAAUAAGUUUUGGGAGGUUAAUACGGAAAUCUGUGAAUACAGUCUGUAGGUGCUUGACUGUCGGUAUUGGUAGCCCAGUUCGGCCAUAAAUAGAUUCAUGAAACAAAUGUAAAUAACGACAGAUCUGUGGUGGUUUUGUCAUAGAGUGUUAUCUAUUUUCUAUAUGCAUGGGUAAUACUACAAAAUAUUGUCAAUUAGUCUGACGGAUAUCCCUGCCAUGUUGGUAAUUUAGUGAACUUCACUACCCAAUCUUUAAGAUCAAAUACAUAAUAAAAUCUUUAGUCUGUGGUAGAUUCAGUUAUAUUAAUAAUGUGUUACGAAAUUUCCACCAAAUCCUUUAUCGAAGGCUUAGUGUUUACUAAUAUUCAAAUUGAGUUAAUAAAAGCUUAAAAAUUUCAUUUAUUGAGACACUAAAAUGGACGAGUUUGAGACCUCUAUCAUUAGGAACUGGUGUUAUAAUGUAAGUGUUUUUCUCACAAAUUCUGUCUAACUUAGCUAUUUUUCACAAAAUGCUUGAGUACAACAGUGACAACAUAUGCUUUUCGCACUAGGUAGAUCUAAGUUGUUCUAAAUAAUGUUAUAUUAAGCUGUGUUUUUGGUAUGAUUCUAAGUGUCUAUGUUUCAUCAUCACACCUGGGACCUACUUAAAGUUACAUCAUAAUUGCCGAAUAAUCUGUUUCUAUUAGUCUGUGCGAUUUCACAUAGUAGUACUUAAAACGAAAGAUAGAAUUAAUAUUUCUUGAAUGUUAGAAAACUUUCAUCUUUUUGUACUAAACUGAAUAUUUAGUGUAUCAGUUAUAAAUAUUGUGUAAGUUUCUGAUAAACACAGAUCUCUGGAAAAUGCUGUUUUUGGAAGUUAUUUGUCUUGGGCUCUGUUAUUCUCAUUAUCCCUUUUACAAAAUUUCUUUCGAUUUGAUUGAUUUUUGUUUCUGUAGUAAACCUGAGUAUGGAGUAUAUUUUUUCAUUACAGAUGUCGAAACAUUUACAGAUGGCCAUGUGAAUUAAUAUGCAUUCUACCCUGUAGUUUGUUUGAGCCAGAAGGUUUCUACGUUAGAGUUGGUCGAUUAAUAUAUUAGAUUGGUGAAACAGUAAAUGUUCAUGCAAUGUUACAAAAUUCGACCUACAUCGAUCAGGUUGAGAGACGGUAAUUGUUUUAAAUACGAAUCGUUUUUGAUCCGCACUUAUAUAGCCAUUAUUUCAUUGUUGAAGUCAUUUUAAUCAUUAUUAUGGCAGGUUAAUGACACUCUUAUUUGAUUAUUUCUUCGGUACAUCUUGUCAAAAUACAUUAUGUAAAAAAUAUGCAAGAGUUUGUGAAUGACUUUCCUGGUUUAUUUAAAUAGCGAUUUUUCUUUUGAUCAAAAUUUGCCUAAAAUAUUGUUGAUAAGUUCGUUAUCUUCCAUCAACUAUGCUGUUUAAGACAUUUAAUAGGCAUAUUAAACCCUUGCCAACGUUGAUAUGAAAUUUUAAUCAUCAGUUUAACGAUGGUAGAAAAAGAAUAGAAGUGAUCGUAAAGUUAUCGGCCUUUGGUUUCAGAGCAGUCAAAUAACUUAUGCUUUCCUAGUGCACUAAAACUAUAAAAUGAUUUUGAUUUUAUCCCCUUGUAAUGUUAGAAAUAGUAUUAAUUUGAAUAUACAUAUUAUCUUACCAAAUUGCAUACUGUUUAUAUUUUGAAAUGUUUCUAUCUAACGUGCGAUUCUUGUUCUUCUAGAUGGAAUUUAAUACAAUAUAAAACAGCAUCUGUCAUAAUUUAUCCCCCUGCGUUAAAAUUGCAAGUUUUCAUUUCGAUUGUUUUAAUGAUAUGAUCUCUAAAGUAAUAGUUAAUUGUUAGUAUAUUUAUUCAGUCACUCAUUAAAAUAGUAUAAUAUCUUAAACGGAGAUCGUAUCUGAGGUAUUUAAUCACUGAAUAAUCACUUCGAUGAGCUAAAAAUUAAAGUAUGACAUUAUGUUUAGUAUUACUGACACGAGUUUUGUGCUUAUAUUUCUUCCAAGGAGCUAUGAAAAUUCGAUAUUUUGGAAUAAAAUUACUGCACACAAAUAAAAGAGAAUUUAUCAAUUAGUUUCUUCUCUCUGUAGUACUUGAUGAUUAUGUUAUUGUUAAAAUUACUUUUACUUCAUGUAUUGACCGAAGACGAUGAUUACUUGAAACGUUUGUCAACAAAACCAUUGCUGAUACCGAAACUUUUAUCAUUAAUUUCAAGUGAACAUGAAUCCUUGAAACCGCUAGAAAGAACUAAAAUUGAUGAAGAGAAUCUUUUGAAAAUUCUCAAAAUAAUUGAUUAUUUUGCAUUCGUUCAACCAAUUGAAAUGAAUGGAAUUAUUGAAAAUUUAACUUCUCUUUCAACAUACAUUAUAUUAUGUUUAGAAAAAUUAACAAAAAUAUCAAAAUGUCAACGAAUUCUUCGUAAUCAUAACGGAAUACCAAUUUUAUUGAAUUAUUUAAGAGUAUGUUUGCAGUUCGAAUCCAAUUUAAACAAUCCUAGAAGCAUAAGAGAACUGUCUAAUUGUUCAGUCUAUGUGAACUCGUCGACAAACGCCGUAAACACUUCGGAAGAAUGUCCCUGUGAAACAAAAUUGGUACAUGAUUUUGACCAAGAUACCAUACGGCGUAAUACAUCUAUAUGUGGAAUAUUGUCUAAAUUGGCAAUGAAUGAUUUUUAUGCUCAAAUUAUUGCACGUGAAAAUGGUAUACAUUUGAUUGGUUCACAAUUAUUAAUUAAGUAUUCAAAAAAUGUUAAAAACCAAUGUUUAAUAAUUGAGUCAGAAUUGAAACAAACUAAUAAUGUUGGAAAUCAACAGAUAAUUGAUACAAAUAAAUUUGGAUUAGGAAAUAUUCGUCAUUUAUACGCAAAUGCAUUUUGUGCAUUACGUAGACUAUUUAUAUCUGAACAUAAUCGCCGUUUAAUCAAAUCAUUUUUACCAUCAUCCUUAUUAUCGGAAUUAAUCGAAAUCAACAUCAACACAUCAACAGUUACAAAUGAUUAUCAAAAAUUAGUCAAUCUACUUGAAUCAUUGAAUAAUGAAGAAUAUAAUGAACUUAUUGAAGGUAUAAUUUCUUGUGACGUAAAUCGAACACCUAUUCAUUAUGUACGUGAAUAUUCAAUAUUGGAAUUACUUGGAACUGGUGCAUAUGGUAAAGUUUUUAAAGCAACGAAAGAUAAAAUGUGUCAUAAUAGUUAUGCAAUUAAAAAGGUUAGUACUAGUCAAAUAUUUUUUGGUCGAACUUCCAAUGAACGUCAAAAGUGUAUUGAUCGUAUAUUGAAUGAGGUCAAUGUUAUACGUCAACAACUAAGGCAUCCAAAUAUUGUUCGUUAUUAUAAAACAUUCUUAGAUUCUGAUCAUUUAUACAUUGUGAUGGAAUUAUUAGAUGGCGUUUCGUUGACAGAGUUACUUAUAUCUUUUAAAGAGAAGAAUAUACAUUUCAGUGAAUCACAAAUCUGGAAUAUGUUUAUUCAGUUAAUAUUAGGUUUACGUUAUUUACAUAAAGAGAAGAAAAUACUGCAUAGAGACUUAUCAUCAAAUAAUAUAAUGAUUAGUGAAGGUAACAAGGUUACUAUAACGGAUUUCGGUUUAGCAUAUCACAAAACAUUGAAUUCAAAUGAAACAAAAUCAACUGUUGGUACAUUAUGUUAUGCCUGUCCAGAAAUGAUACAAUGUCUUCCAUAUGGUGAAGGUGCAGAUAUAUGGGCACUUGGUUGUAUUCUAUAUCAGAUGUGUACAUUUACUUCACCAUUUCAAGGUGAAUGCAUUCUUAGUACUGCAUCACGUAUUGUAAAAGGUGAAUAUCAAUCAGUCAAAAUUAAAUGUCCAAAUCAAUAUUCUAAUCUUGUUGAUCAAAUAAUUGAAGUUUGUCUAAAACCUGAUCCAGCUCAGAGACCUGAUAUAACAGGUGUGGCUACUUAUUUGACCAGUGAUAUUCUGUCCCAAUUAGAUGCUACACAAUCAAAAUGUGCAAAAAUUAAAGGAAAAUUAAAAGAGUUUCAAAAUACCAUUAUAUGUGAUUUGUGUUGUCCUUUUAAACACUCUAAGGAUGAACAAGUUUAUGAGAAACAUAGUACAUAUAUUAAUAAUGUUAAAGUACCUGAUUCCAAUGUAGAAAAAAUAUCAACUACUGCACAAAUUUUGCCUACGAUAACAAUCAAUCAAGGUAAUUUACGUGAAAUCAAUGAUCCAGUACUCGGUAUGAUUACAGUAAUGCAUAAGUUGGGAUACCUUUCUCAAGAAUCCUCAUUCAAAAAUGAUAUCAGCGUAGAAUAUAAAGCUAUUCAGUAUAUAGUGAAAAGCUACCAACAUCGGUUAUUUGCUGCCGGUAUAAAACCAAUUACACUAAAAGAGGAAUUAUUUAAACUUACAUCUUAUUGUUCAGAUUGUAUAAAUGAUAAAUUUUUGGAGAUUAAUAAUAAAGAGAGUAAUUCUUCAUUACUGAAUAUACUUAAAAAGUUUUCACCUGAUCUAGCUGUCAAAUUAGACAGAAAUGGUUAUAUCAAUUAUGCUAUUCUGAUGUAUUUAAUAGACUUAUUAUUAAAGCAAUGUACUUCAUAUUUUUCUUAAAUUAUCGUACAUAAUUGUUUUACUGUUAAUUCAAUUCAAUUUCAACUAUCUCCAUGUAAAUUAACUAUUGAUGGAAGUGUAUUUUUAAAAAAAAAAUUUUAUCCUUUUCUUUUUUAAAUAAAAUGAGAAUUUAUCACUUU